GCGCGGAAGUCGUCGUCGUCGUAGUCGUUAUCAUCGUCGUGGAAUCGUGGAUAUCAAGUUCGGUCUUUCCGAUUGCUUUUUGUGGAUUUUUGUUUGAGUGAAUUGCUGUAACCCGACGCUCCUUGUUGGCCAGCCAAUUUAACAAAGUGCUAAACAUAAAAAUAUAACCAAAAGAAGGCAGAAAACGUUGCUGAAGUUAUAGUGGCAAGCAAAAUAAGAUUAAAAAGCAACUACAAUAAAAAAUGUGCAGAGCUUAAGUGAUACGUUAAGAGUUUUAAAUAAAAAGUGAAGAUGAAUUACAACAUGGAUGAACUGGAGGCCACCAGGUUGCUACGACAUCCCCGACGUUGGUGGAGCAUUGGUUAUGGCAAACGCAUCGUGGCCAUCUCGGUUCUGGUUAUCAUCGUGCUGCUAUUUUCCCUUAUUUAUCAUGGUCUUGUCGUGGAAAGAAUGGAUCGCGUGCAGCAGAUUGCCGCCUUGAAUGCAAGGCACCAACUGCUUUCCAACCAGCCAUUUGAAGAGGAUCAGUCUGCUCUGAUUAUGAGUCCCCAAACCUUACACUUUAAGUUGCUUGACGAGGACAUUAAUAACAAUGUAAUAGAUGAAAGCAAGAAAAAAAGGAAACACUUGAAGCGUAUGUUGGUAAAGUUCCGCUUAAAUAAGAAGCAUCGCUAUCGCCGGGAGUUGUCUAGCUUGGAUUUGCUUGAUCCCGUGCAAAUAGAGGCCAACAUGCAGCAUCUUUACUCCAAGUUGAGAAGCAAAAGAGCGAGGGAAACUCUGACUCAACUGGAGCACGAGUAUGUGCGGUGCAAGAAGCAGACUCCACAGGAUUGCAUGUCCGCCUUUUUGCGGAUGUACAAGAUGGCCAAGGAGGUGACCGAGAAAAUGGAAAAGAUGCGUGCCAUAAUGCGGGAGCAGCAGCCCAGGCUGGAAUCGAGCAGCAUGGAGUCCGAAGGAGACAAGGGUACAUUUGCUUCGGGUGAUCUAAUCCAAGAGACAACUACAGCAAUCACAAAGGUGGCGAAUGUCACUGGAAAGCCCUUGCGAACUAAGAACAAACCCUCCAGGAUCAGCUGGAUUAUCGAUGGGCAUGAUGAGAGCGAAACUUUUACUGAUGAUGCUCCCAAGACGAAAACAGUAAAGAAGCCAGAAGUCACCACUAAAUUAGUAUAUAAUACAAAAACAGAACUAGAAGAAACCACCACCGAGGGGUUGAGUAAGGAGAAUCUAACCUGGAUUCUGGACCACUUUGAUAAGCCAAGAGAAAUAGUGCGCACGACUGAGGGACCCAGGCACCGAACCACUAGAAAUGCAACCUCCGAAUCCGAAGAAUCUUUAAAAACUACUUUAUUACCAGAGACAGAAACUACGAACAGUAAAUUAACCGCCACCACACAAGGUGGUUCGGAAUUGAACACCACUACUGAUGCAGUUGUACAAACCACCACUACUGCCCAGCCAAAAUUGUCAUUUGAUUGGAUAAUCGAUGGCGCUGAAGAUAAGAAGCCGCAAGAAGAGUCCAUUAACACAACGACGACCACUUCAACCAUUGGUACCACGGAAGCCACCAGUGCUACCACAGAGCAGCCGAAAAUAAGCUACGAUUGGAUCAUCGAUGGUCGUGAAGUUAAGGAGCAGAAGAAUAACUCGAAUACAACCUUGUCCGAGAGCACCACCGAAGCCACUGGUACAACCACAGGGCAGCGAAAACUGCAGUUCGAUUGGAUCAUCGAUGGGGAGGAAGUUGUGGAGCGGCAUGAAAACUCCACCACCACCACCACAACAACAACAAUGCCAAUUAGUACGACGACAGAAGUGCUUCAGAUCUCCACUGUCCAUCCCACCAAGCCAAAAGCAGUGAAGAUCAGCUGGAUAAUCGAUGGUGAGGAAGCUAGUGAUGAGAAGAGCAGCCCCACCACAACCCUUCCUAAGUUAACUACCAGAGAGGCGAUCAGCGAGGCAGAAGAAGCACGCUCCUCACAUCCCCUGGACAACCCGAGCAGCAUCGAAAACAUGCUGGACAGUUUUGAAAAACACGAAGAGGACAAGCCUAUUCUCAGGGUGCUGAAUGGAAAUGAAUCCUCCCAGGAAGCCACCACGGAACUCUACGAACGACAGGUGUGGCUGAAAAAGUUUGAGGAGCAGGCUAGUCCGAAUCAAAACGAGCUGAUAGAUACUUUUGGCACAGCUUUGGAUGCCAAAGUGCUGGAUAAAAUGGGACCGAAGAUUAAUCCGCUUAAUGGUCAUGUUUGGAAUGCUGCGGAUGCCCAGAUCCUCAGCCUUUGCGAGCGAGUGGCCCUGAAAAUGCGCAAUAAAGUAUCUGAAGGUGAAACCAAUGAAAAAGGGGAAACCUUUACCGCGUCGCCUAGUGUGCAGUUUACGAGUAGAGCUCCUGGUGGAUUCCCAGUCUCCGGAGAAACAAUGAAGGCCUCUGCUCAGUUUAUGUUUAAUCCGAACUUUGGAAUGCCCAGUAUCCCCGUCUGCUUCUAUAUGACUCCCGCCAACUUCCGAAUGCCCAUGUGGUCGAGCACUCCGACAUUUAUGGGCAUGCAAGGUGCUCACUUUGGAGGCUCCUCGAACCCAGGCGGGGGCAUUUUCUUUGUGCCGCAGCAAUUCGGACCGAGUGGCAACUUUUUCGGAGGAAGUGGCGGUUCGGGAGCUGGUGGGCAGGGACCUAAUAUUUUCUCCAAGAACGCCUCACCGCAGAAGCCCCAGAACAGUCAGCAACAGCAGGUGUACUGUAGCUACAUGCAGAAUCAAUCUGGUCAGGGAGCAGGACAAUCGCAGACAUCCAGUCAACAGCCGCUGGGUGGCCAGACGAGCUUCUCCAAUGCCAACUUUAAGAUGAGGCAUGCCAAUCAGUCGAGUUCUGGCCAUAAACAGGGCCAGAUCAUUUACGCCAGCUAUGCAGGAUUGCCACAACAACCGAUUCAGGAGCGUUCCAGGUGCCCCGAGCCGGAUCAGUUGUCCUGCUUUGGUCAACGAGAGUGCAUAGCCGCCUCGAGAUGGUGCGACAAUGUUGUGGAUUGUUCGGAUGGCAGUGAUGAGUCCGCUUGCACCUGUGCAGAUCGGGUGGAUGAAGACCGUUUGUGCGACGGUUAUGCAGACUGCCCCAUGGGUGAGGACGAACUGGGCUGCUUUGGCUGCGAACCUCUGGCUUACUCCUGCUAUGAAAACCCGGAGGAGUUCGCCAGACAUAACCGCUCUACAAUCUCCAUGUGUUACAAUCGAAUUGAGCGGUGCGAUGGAAUUAUGAACUGCCUGAAUGGACGCGAUGAGCAGCAGUGCAGCAUGUUGGUCACUGAUGUGGCGGAUCAUAUGUCUCACGCCGCAUCUGCUUCUGAGGGUUUUCUGUACCACAACCAUCGUGGCGAUUGGCAUCCUGUGUGCAACAAUGGCGAAAAGUGGGCUGCUUCCGCCUGUGAGCUGGGUGGUAAAGGGGGAGUGGCUCAGCCAGUUCAACUGAACGUCACCUUCAAGGCACUCACUUUGCCGGGACCUUUUAUUGAGCCUUCACUGCAUGCAGGAGUCUUGUUUGCACAGGCCUGUCACGGACGCAGUAGCCACGAUUCGUUGGUGGAUCACGUGGCCUAUGUCAAGUGCCCACCGAUGCAGUGUGGUGUGAUUCACAAGCCUCCAAAGAUGGAGCAUUCGAAGAGAGCAAAAAGAGCAGUAUCGCAGUCGAAGGAAAUCGUUGGCGAUGGCCGUAUUGUUGGUGGAAGUUUCACAAGUGCUUUGCAGUGGCCUUUUGUGGUGGCCAUUUAUCGUGAUGGCAAAUUCCAUUGCGGAGGAACCAUAUACACGGACCGUUGGAUCAUCAGUGCUGCUCAUUGUGUUAUCAACUUUGGCAAAUAUUACUACGAGGUGCGUGCCGGUCUCCUGCGCCGCACAAGCUACUCACCCGCGACCCAGAUUCAGUCCGUGUCCCAUGUGGUGGUCCAUCAGGCUUACGAGAGAAAGAGUAUGCGCAACGAUCUUUCUCUAUUGCGCUUGGUCAACCCGCUUCAAUUUAAUCGCUGGGUGAAGCCCAUCUGCUUGCCGGACAAGGGAAGAACCACGCUUGGGGACGAUUGGAUAUGGGGCCCUGAAGAGAACACUCUAUGCACCGUGGUGGGAUGGGGAGCCAUUCGGGAAAAGGGUCCGAGCAGUGAUCCCCUGCGCCAGGUAGUAGUGCCCAUUCGAAAGCGCUGCGUUGAUCCAGAGGAUCAGGCAUCAGAGGACAUUUGCGCUGGCGAUCCGAGCGGAGGUCGUGAUGCGUGCCAGGGUGACUCGGGUGGUCCGCUUUUCUGUCGCAGCGUUUCGCAGCCGGAGGAGUUCUAUCUCGCCGGUGUGGUGAGUCACGGAAACGGCUGUGCUCGUCCUCAAGAGUUUGGCGUCUACACGAGAGUCACUCUCUACCUGGACUGGUUGGAAAUGGCGACAACUCCGCGACUUUUGCCCCAACGACAGCCGAUCCAAUUGUGUCCCGGAUUCAUCUGCGUCUGGGGCGGUAAACGGUGUAUAGCUAAACGCCAGCGCUGUGACCGAAAUGUUGAUUGUCUCGGCGGCGAGGAUGAGGUGGGAUGUUCCUACAACUUUAUACCAGACAUGGUUGGUGGUACACAGAAUGUGAGCAGCACAACCGAGAGUGACUAUCAUCCAGUAAAGGAGCAUGAAAGUAAAGCGGAAAGUAAAAUGCGGGAGGUUAUUCCAUUUGAAGAUAUAGAUUUAAAAAAGGAAGAGAACGAGGAUGAGGCCUGGGAAAGCACCACUUCUUUGGAAGAAAAUGAAACCACCCAGUUGGAUUUGUCUUUUACAGAAGAAAUAACGACAUCAACUUUACGUGGUAUAGCUACUACCGAGGGGAUUACGGCUCAAAGUUCUACAACUAUUGAUUCAACCACAAGUCCUUCAACUAAAAUGACAUCCACAAUUUCUCAAACAACCCUCGCAUCUACGACAGCAGAAACAUCAACACUUGCAUCUACUACAAUUGAAUCUGAAUUCGAAUCAACUUUACAAACUACUCUUCCAACUACUGUGGAACAAGCUACAACAAUUCCUACUUCAACUGAGGACUUAAAGAACGUCACCGAUUUGGUAACUCAGUUUGUAGAGAGUACAACUUACAGAACUACCAAGGAACAAGAAUCAUCUACUUCCACCCACAUAAUUACAACAGAAGGACCCAGCACAGUAACUACAGAGGGCGUUAGGGAAACCACUGUCACAGAACAUAUAACCACAAUUAGCAGCACCGUCACCACGCCUUUUACCACAAUCACUACUACCAAAACCACUGAAAACCCUGGAGAAACCACUAGAACCACAAUAGCUCCAACAACCACUACAAAAUUAGCUAAGACAACCACAACAAAGAGCAGUAGCAGCCAUCCCAAAACCGACCAGGUGCUAAUUCCCAACAAAUUCGUAUGUAAAGAAAUGUCUCAAAUUGUGGAUAUUAUGAUGCGUUGUGACCGUAAAGUGGAUUGUGAAGAUGGAACCGAUGAACUGAAUUGCACAUGCAGGGACUAUUUGAAGGGAUCCCUGGCCGCUCUUAUUUGCGAUGGCAAAGCGGAUUGCGAGGACCUUACUGACGAGCAGGAUUGCUUUGAUUGUAAAGCUAAUGAAUUUCGUUGCCCGUUGUCUAAAACUUGCCUGCCUGUUAGCAAACGUUGCGAUAAUGAAGUGGAUUGUAAGUUCAAGGAAGAUGAAAAAGAUUGCUUUGCAUUGACCAAUGGUCACGAUGUUCACUUCGAUGUGCACCAGCAGCCCAAGUUCAGCAGCGCUGGAAUCUUCUCCAGAAACGCCCACGGCGUUUGGCGUGUUGUCUGCGCCCACGAGACGGGUUAUCAUGAGCACCAGGCCAACACGGCGCAUGCUGUGUGUGCACUCCUCGGCUUUAAAGGAGCUCACUAUUUCAAUAGCUCAGAGUUUGUAAGCCAGCAGGAAAUGCAGUCCAUUACACCGGAGCUCAAAGCGGGCAAGACUCGCAUGGUGGCUCAAAUUCGUUCCAUGGUCGGUGACAAUAUCCAAUUGACAGAUAACGAGGUCAUAAUCCCCGAGCUUGGUCUACCUACCGGCUCAAGGCCGGGAAAGGAUCGUCUAUUGCCUCGAAAGUGUGUGGGCAUUUACGUCGAGUGCAAUCCCCUGUCCAAUAAAACCACACCCCUCAAGACCUUCAGUGCUGGGCAACCUGUGAAGCAAAAGCCAAAGGAGCAGAUUCCGGUCCUGCUGCCCACCAUCGAAACCCACAACAGGCCGAAUGUGCACUUUAAGCCGCAGACUGAACCGUUGGUUGUGAAUAAAAAGGAUGAGAUUCUUGACCGCCUGGACAAUCUUAUCAAGAGUAAGAAGAACAAAACCAUUUUGGUGAAUGAACAGCUUCAUGAGGCUAUCGAGGAGCUGCAUUGGCCCUGGCUGGCUGAUGUCUAUUCCAAUGGCGACCUUUGGUGCAUCGGAGUGCUUAUCGACAAGCAUUGGGUGCUGGUCCACGAGAGCUGUCUGUUUGGCAUUGCUUUGGAGACGCACUACGUUAGCGUCUUGUUAGGAGGUGGAAAAACAAAGCGAUCGGCACACAAAAGCAAUCACGAGCAGAUCCGACGUGUGGAUUGCUUCGAGGCAGUUGCAAAGUCCAAUGUGUUGCUUUUGCACCUCGAGCGGCCGGUGAGAUUCACCCACCAAGUGCUGCCCACCUUCCUGCCUGACAGCUACCAUCAUAACAAAAGCGCAACGAGGGACUGCAUCAGUGUACUUCAUGACGACGCCACUGGUCGAAUUAAAACUGUGGCAAUCGCCCGGAUAGACAACGUACCCAACUGCGAUUCCUGCUACAAACUUCAGGAGAAGCAGCCGCCGGCUAAUCUGAUGCGCCUACUGAAUGUGAGCGCCGAGGACAUGGCAUCCAUUUCGGAGGAGGUAGAACUCAUUAACGGGGUGGCCCCCACUGAGCUGCCUGCAAUUACGAAAUUCACCAGCUGCAAUCAAUUUGGCCUGAAAAAUGCCAGCGACUCGCAUCACAAUCCAAGCGAUCAGGGCGUGCUGGUAUGUCGUGAUUCGCACACAGGCUGGUUCCCAACGGCCAUGUUCAACUACAACAAUUCCGAUUGCCAAAGUUUCAAGCAGCCAUUCGGCAUUCGGACCCUGGAACUGGCAUACAAAUCGCUGCAGGAUAUAAUAGACAAGCCAAGCUGCAAAAUCCUUCAGCCAGCCCCGGAAUGCACCACACAUCGUUGCCCGCUGGGUGCUUGUCUGCCACAAGCGGCCAUUUGCAACGAGCGGUCCGAUUGUCAUGAUGGUAGCGAUGAAGAUGAAGCCGAAUGCCGCCAGCAGAAACAGCGUUGUGCUCCCGGCGAGAUGAAGUGUCGCACCAGCUUCAAGUGUGUGCCGAAAAACAAGUUUUGCGACCACGUGCGUGACUGCGAGGACAUGACGGAUGAGCCAACCAUCUGCAGCUGUUUUACCUAUCUGCAAGCAACGGAUCCCUCAAAAAUAUGCGAUGGCAAGCGAAACUGCUGGGAUAAAAGCGAUGAGAGUUCAGUCCUGUGCAAUUGCACUGCGGAUCAUUUCCAAUGUAGUUCCUCUCCUGAAGAUUGCAUUCCUCGUGAUUUUGUGUGCGACAAAGAGAAAGAUUGCCCCAAUGGCGAAGAUGAACGUUAUUGCUUUGGUAUUGAACACCCUUUGGAGCAGCAGAAGAAGGAUUUCUGGGCCAAUAGUCAACACACGCAGCCAGAGAUAGCUCCUCAGUACGGACAGGUAAUUGAACAGACCUAUGGCAUCUGGCAUACAAAAUGCUUCCCCAAAAGCAAGCCCCCGCAAGUUGACGAAGUGCGUGAGAUAUGCAAGAAGCUGGGUUACAAUCCAUACAGACAGCCCAGCUAUCGGUUAAUUGACGAUGAGGAAAACAAACCCGUGCACACCUAUGAGAUUGCGGAUAGACAGGGACGCAGUUUUAGUAACGAAUCUCUGGUCGGAAAGUACCGAGAUUCCACAAAAGCCCUGAUUAUCAGUAAAUUCUCGCCGCUGCAAUUAAAUGAGCGCCUUACUCUGUUCGUCAAAUCCAGCCGACCAAUUGCUGAGCUGGUCAGGUGGAAUGCCACCGAUUCCAGCAUGUGUUAUAGGCUGGAGAUCCGGUGUGCCUAAUGGUGACGAUACAUACCUCGUAAGUGGAUCCAUCGUUCUCUCGUGAUUGUCUUUUGUGCGUUUUAGUAGCAAAUAAAUGCGAGAGCUGUACACAUUUUA